AUGCUUAAUGUCAAUGUCGGACGUUUCGGUCUUAUCCUGUUCAUAUCUAUCUAUCUAUCUAUCUAUCUAUUUAUCUAUCUAUCUGUGUGUGUUUCAAUAUCUAUUUAUCUAUUCUGUCUCUUCAUAUCUGUUUCAGUAUGUUCAUAUCUAUCUCAUCAGAUCUAUCUAUCUAUCUAUCUAUCUAUCUAUCUCGCUCCCCUCUCUUUUUUCUUUCUUUUUCGUGUUUUUACUAUAGUUUUUCUUUCUUUUUCGUGUUUUUACUAUAGUUUUUUCUUUCUUUUUCGUGUUUUUACUAUAGUUUUUCUUUCUUUUUCGUGUUUUUACUAUAGUUUUUUCUUUCUUUUUCGUGUUUUUACUAUAUUUUUCUUUCUUUUUCGUGUUUUUACUAUAGUUUUUCUUUCUUUUUCGUGUUUUUACUAUAGUUUUUCUUUCUUUUUCUUUUUCUUUCUUUUUCGUGUUUUUACUAUAGUUUUCUUUCUUUUCGUGUUUUACUAUAGUUUUUUCUUUCUUUUUCGUGUUUUACUAUUGUUUUCUUUCUUUUUCGUAUUUUUUUAUAGUUUUUUUCUUUCUUUUCGUUUUUUUCUUUCUUUUUCGUGUUUUUACUAUAGUUUUUUCUUUCUUUUUCGUGUUUUUACUAUAGUUUUUCUUUCUUUUUCGUGUUUUUACUAUAGUUUUUUCUUUCUUUUUCGUGUUUUUACUAUAGUUUUUCUUUCUUUUUCGUUUUUCUUUCUUUUCGUGUUUUUUACUAUAGUUUUUCUUUCUUUCGUUUUUUUUUACUAUAGUUUUCUUUCUUUUCGUGUUUUUACUAUAUUUUUUUUUCUUUUUCGUGUUUUUUACUAUAGUUUUUUCUUUCUUUUUCGUGUUUUUACUAUAGUUUUUCUUUCUUUUUCGUGUUUUUACUAUAGGUUUUUCUUUGUUUGUCGGGAAUUUACUAUAGUUUAUUUCUUUCUUUUUCCUUUAUUUACUUUAGUUUUUUUUCUCUCUUUUUCCUUUAUUUAUUAUAGUUUUUCUUUUUCCUCUAUUUACUAUUGUUCUUUCUUUCUUUUUCGUUUAUUUAUUUUAGUUUUUUCUUUCUUUUUCGUUUAA